GCCAGGCGCGUUUAUUAGCUUGCAGGCCAGCGCGUCUUGUGAUGCUGCGCCUACCUCCACUGCGCAUGCGCAUCCCCGGCGGAAUCCCGCACAGUGGAAGGAGACGGCAAAAAUGGCCCUAGAUAAUUUAAUUUUUGCUCAAUGCAUUCUCUAUUUUUUGGCCUUCGUGUUCGGGUUCAUUGCCGUGGUGCCCCUGUCCGAAAACACGGAGGACUUCGGCGGCAAAUGUUUGCUGUUCACGCGGGGGAUGUGGCAGAAUGAGAACAUCACUGUGUCGAAGCAGCGCUUCAUCGUGGAGGAGUGGGGAGCCGAGUCCUCCUGCAGCUUCAUCGCUUUUGUCGGGAUAGCCUCGCUCAUAUUGUCCGCAGUGCAGGCCUGGAGGCUGCUCUUCUUCCUUUGCAAAGGGCACGACGAUUCGAUCUUCAAUGCCUUCCUCAACCUGCUGAUCAGCUCCUUGGUGGUGUUCACUGUCUUCCUGUCGAGUACCAUGGUCAGCGUGGGCUUCAACCUCUGGUGCGACUCCAUCACCGAAGGUGGCACCUUGCCCAGCAGCUGUGAAGACCUGCAGGACACUGAUCUAGAACUGGGCCUGAACAACUCUGCUUUCUAUGAUCAGUUUGCUAUAGCUCAGUUUGGCCUAUGGGCUGCGUGGCUCACCUGGCUGGCCAUCUCCGUGCUGGCCUUUCUCAAGGUCUUCCACAAUUACAGACAAGAAGACCUGCUGGACAGCCUUAUCCACGAGAAGGAUCGACUCCUUGUACGCUCCUCUCGCCGCAGCUCUGACCUCAAAACUGGCCUCAUCUAGAAUGCAAAAGAUGCCCACACACACAAACACACACUCUAUAGUCUACGCAGUUUUCUCUCCUGCCCUCGAGGAACAACAAUGUUUGCCUCUGUCGACAAUCAAAAUCAGUUGGCUUUUGCUCCCAUUGUCCAGAGUGUGACCUAAAUUAUUUAGCUUUGUUCUCUAGCUUCUUGAUUUCCCCUAAGAAAAUCCAUCGACACAGUAUAUUCCUUCUUUCAUCUGAAUUAGCGCUAUUAUCUCAUAGCAGAUGUACUCCCAUUUUAAGGCUCCGUCACACCAUGACGUUCUGGUCAACAUCCUCUGAACAUUUCAAUCGUUCUAUUUUAGCGUUCUCAAACGCGGAUGACACAUCUGGCGUGUGAUUAACGUGUGUCUAACGCAUGACUUAACGUGUGUCUAACGCACAAAAAGCGUGUCUAACGCACGAAAAGCGUGUAACAGCGAGCAAAUAAGAUACCCCUAAAAACCAUUAGCGUGUGCAAACGAUUUGUCAACGUAAGACGAGCGUGUUGAGCGUGUGACCAAUGGGUGAAUAACGACAGAAAAGCGUUUUGCUGGCGUGUAAUUUUUAUCGUGGAACCGGCACUAAAACGUUGAAAAGUUCAUAGUCACUUCAGUUGUUGUCGUGAGUUAGAACAGUGAGCAUCAUGCUGCCGAGAAGAAAAAAAGUUAGGGCGCGGACUUCAGCAACUCGAGCUGUUAGUAAGAAAGAUAAGCCUCUUUCAUCACGAGCAAUGUGUUUGGAGGAAAAACAACAGCAGGAGGAAGACCACGUCCGCGAAGUCACACACCAUGUGACACCCCCUGGGCACCCUAAACACCUUGCAAACCCCAGUGAGGACGGUCCGACAAAGAGACAAAAGAAGCAGAGUAAGGAUUGCAGGAUCCUGGACCGUGCUGUUGAGGAUAGUCUGGUGGAGUUUUUCCGCAAAAACGAAUUGCUGCUUUCUAGAUCUUCCAUAGUAGGUGCUCUCUACUGUAGCUUAAUAUUAAAUGGACCUUGCUUACAAAGCAUUGGUUUAUAUACCCAUAUGCAUGGACGUUCGAGAAACACACAAAUGACGCUCAAUGUACUACAAACGAUGUUUGUUUGACUUUAGUUACACGCUGUGUGCGCUAGGGGAUUGUUCAGUGGUCGUUGACAGGUCGCCAGUGAGUCGUUCACUGCAAAGCAAAUGAUUAAGUAACAACCUAGUAAAGCUAGAAUUACGACUGACUAACGAUAGCCAAACGCGUGCAAUGCUCGGCGAACCUUAGUAAAACGUUCCACGAACAUUUUGAACGUUCUGCAGCGUUUAAAAUUAAACAUUGAUGAACGCUGGUCUCGGUGAUAACUUUUGUGCGUGUUCAAAACUUUUUUUCCGGACCGGCGUUCUCCGCCGAUUCCCAGCGAUCAUUGACGUUCACUAGCGUUCAACAACGCUCUUCUGGAGCUAUCCCGGCGACCAUGGGCGACUACCAACGUUUCCUCAAACGCUAUAGAAUGCUGACCAGAAUGUCAUGGUGUGACGGGGCCAUUAUGAUACUCAGAAAUGGAGUGUUAAUGCCUUGGACACUUUGUUGAAUCAUGUCUUUGUGAACCUUAUGCAUGAGACCAAAUGCAUGACAAAAUAAUAAUACAGCUGCUUUUAGAUCUGAAUGGAUCACACACCUUGUUUUAUAUACCAAUAAAUGUGACUUUUGUUUUAUUCUAGGUUCACACUUCAUACUGCAUGCUGCAGCAACAAUACUAAAAGAGCAUGCUCUUGUGGUGAACUUGUACUUCCAAUAUAUUUGUAUAUUAUAUAUCCAUGUAUAAUAUAUAUCUGUCCCAAAAUGCUUUUAGCAACUUGUGUCACACACUAUCUCAGGCUACUUGCUACUGUAUACA